CAAAAUGAUCAUAUUGUCUUGACUGAUAUUUUAAGGGUGCAUAGCGUUUUGACAGUAGUAUAGACAAUUGUGUUUGUAAAGUGCAGACAAAGACCUAUGUACAUCUUAUCAUAUCAUGGGGUCCAGGGCCCACUACGGGCCAGUGUACCCCACCUUUAUAAAACACUGAUUGCAUGUCCAACUAUUCUUCAAGAUAAAUAUUAGGACUUCUGUUUUAAUCCUGACAUUCACAUCCUAUAAUGUUUCUAAGGAGAUAUAUGUACAUAAACAUGGGUAUAGUGUAUUACAUGGGCCUAGAAUUACAUAUGGCCUGUGUUGUGAAUCUCAUAGUACUGAGAAACCAAUAUUGAAUGAGGAGAAAAGAACAAGACAUUUCAUAUAAUUUCAACAUAAAAACAUUGGGCCACGUUGAAAAAAAAUCCAAUCUAAUUUUCUUAUUGUCUGGGCCCCUGACAUUGCAUGUGCCUUUUCUUCGCUCUACGGUCUCCAGAGUGACGGCUUCGCAAGGUUACAAAUCGGCAGAUUGGUCAUCAAUGAAGAGAAGCUUGCCUAUCAGGAAGGAGCCAUGACAACAUGAAUCGGUCAUACAGACGGGCUGUAAGGGGCUGCUCAGGUCAGCCAGAGUUGAGGCCCCCCAAUGGCCUCUCAGUUUCUGCCACUUCCUAUGGAAACCAGUGUAACAGCAGCACCAAGCAUGGUUCAACAGACCAACUGUCGGCGGCCAUGCAACUGUCAACCUCCUCCCUCAAACAGGCACCUAGCUACGUGUAUAACCAGGCAGAGAAGGAGAGGCCACACUGCUACAGUCCUUUGCUGAGGCUCCAGGACCUCUCCACUAUGGUACACAGACCUGGGUCUGAUCUGGGACCCGGGCCCCAGCCUAAGGAUCUCGACGCCAGGAAGCAUUUGCACUCUCACAGCCCAGUGGUAGUCUCUAGUUGUGGGGGACCCCUGGUCCGACUGCCCCCCUCUACUGGUAACGAGGAGACAGAACCCUGCGAGGAUUCCAUGCGGGAUCAGAACGGUUUCUCUCCUGUUAGUUCUGAUAGUUUGGAACGCUGCUCCCCCAUCCCCAAUGGAUACCUGCAUUUCGAGUCCACCUUGUUUGACAGUGGGGACAGGGAGAAUGAGGACGACGAGGAGGAAGAGUUGGUACCUUUUCAACAACACUCUUCUAAGUCCGCCAGAGACAGAACAGUCACAGACCCUAACAUCACCUCUGGUUCAGGGGUAGGCCAUAACAGCACAUACAAACCCUCUGUUCUCAACCUGAUGUCUAAGAGUCUAUCUGAACUGGACCCUACUCUGAGCCCCAGUGCCCUGCCUGACAUGUCCAUGGGGGAUGGCUGGAGUAUGGACCAGGACUCUGACAGUGACAGUGCGAUGACAGGAGACACACUUGACCAUGGUCUCAUCUCACCUGUUGGAACCAACUCUAAUCCCAACAGCCCAAAGAAGAAGCCCCUCCCAGUAGUGCAGUACUUGGAGGGAGAUCUGGUCUGGGCCAAGUUCAACCGCCGCCCCUGGUGGCCCUGUAGAGUUACCAUAGAUCCUCUGGAGGGGAUACACACACGCAUGAAAGUCCCCAGUCGUCGUCCUUGUCGUAUCUAUUACGUGGAGACUCUGGGGGAGAUGGCAGACCAUGCCUGGGUACCUGGGAAAGUUACUUACCCCUUCACAGGAGGAGAGCAGUUCACAGACCUGCCUGUGCUGAGACGGAGAGGGAAACAGAGGGAAAAGGACUACAAAUACACAAUACCCAAGCGUCUGUUUGAGUCGUGGAAAGUCGGUGUGCUGGAAGCUGAGUUUCUCCUACCUGACCUGCUGAAGAAUACUGCUGUCUCUUCUUACAUGCCCUCUAACAGUGAAGAGAGGGUGUCCUUUCCACUGCCUGAUGAAAAACCAUCCGAGGCCCCCUCUUGUUCCUCCUCUAUGCUCACUGCACCCCCCUCCUUCAGCCCUCCCCCCAACAGAAACAAACAUCCCCCUGCUGCCGACCUGGCUGUAGCGAACGACAGUAGCAGCAAAAAUAAACCCUGCCAGAAGAAGAAGAAGAAGAGGAAGGGUUUGGCGGAGAUCUUUGGUCAUAUAGCUGCAAGUCCCACAGAGUCACUAAGCAUCCUAGACUUGGCCAACCAAAUGCCUGCUGCCGCAGCUGAUCCACUUAAAGAAGAAGAUCCCAAGGACUCUCCAUACGCAGACCUGGAUUCUGUACCAACCAUUGUGCGUCCCAAACGGUCUGAGAAACCUGCUACAGAAGACACAGAGAAACCGUCUGAACCCUCACAAGAGGAGGCAGAGAAAGGGGGCAAGAAGGAGCGGGCUACUCCUCCUGAAAAGACCAAAGACAGGCAUGUGGUCAUGGUGGUUCCUAGGCAUGUAGUUCCCAUCUCCCCAUCCCCAAAUAUUUUAGUAAACAAAUCCCUUUUCAAUUACAGAACUACAAAAAACACAAAUGUUUUACAGUCAAAACAGAAGUUGGGCAGCUCUUCUGAACUGAAGAAUAUAAAUGCUCUUGAUAAGCCCUCUCUGCAACUCCCUUCCAGCAGACGUCUGAUGACCAGGGCCCUGAAAGCAGAGGAAGAGACAGAUCUCAAACAGGCUCUGCUGGCCUCAAGCCAAAACUUGACAAAGGAUAGGCUUAAUGUACAUUCUUCUGACGAUGAUGAUGAUGUGAGCGAUAUUGUUCAGAUCAGAACAGAGUCGUCUACUAGCAGGGAUUCUUCACCAGACAAAACCAGAUCCUCUGCUAGCUCUCCUAAAAAACAGCCCGAGUCUGAUUGGAAGCACCUCCACAACGGCUUGUGGAAAAACUCAGAAGAUGUGUCUACAGGGUCCAGUAAGCCUGUCAUACCCUCUAUUAAGGUCAAGGAAGAGAACAUUGUCUCAGACAUAUCCUCCUGUUCUUCCCCCACCUCCUCUCUCUCUCCCAUGGACACUUUCCAGGAUGUCAAGGAGCUGUCAUUCAAAUCCCUAGUGAAGGAGGAGAGCGACUCUGGGGACUCUAACACUAAUUUUAAACCUGAGCCUAAUUACAAGUUCAGUACUUUCCUGAUGCUCCUGAAGGACAUGCAUGAUACCAGGGAGAAAGAGGGCAAGCCCCUGACCAUGCCUCCCUCGCAAGCCCUCAUCCAGGAGGAACCCAUGGUCAUAGCCGCUGUCCAAGCACCAGACGACACCCUGAACACUGCUGCUGGCGGGGACUGGACACCAACGGGGACCAAAAUCCAAAACGGCCAGCAUGCGAGCUCGCCAACACUCAAGAGCACACCGGCCAAACCCAAGUCCAAAACUAAACCCAUCAUGAAAAACGACACAUACAAACUUGAAGGGAAAACGGUGCUGGCUCAGAUGGUGGCGAACGCGGUGGAGAAGCAGCAGCGGAGGAAGCAGAGGCCACCAGCCAAGCUCAGGGCCACCAUCGCUGGUCUCUCUACCGAGUUGGCCGACCUAGCCUGGGGGAGGGAGUUUGUCUCUGGGCACGCUGACCUGGCUGAGCCUGGCCUCAGCCUCCCUCCUCUUCCUUCUGUCCCCUCCGCUGCUGACUCCUCAUCCUACCUCGACAAGAGCCUGGGCACCAAAGUGGCUCCUAAGAAGCGCUGGCAGACGUUUGCUCAGCAGGGGCCGGUGAAGCCAGGGAAGGAUCCAGGGGACCCGGGUGGUGUGGCCUCACCGCAGGGGCCUGUGGAGGUGAAUGGGAUCUACAGAGACUGCCAGGGAGGGACACCAGACCCCAUCAGGUCCCCUGAUCUAAACCUGGGGAUGGAGAAGCAAGAUGACACAUCAGCAAAUUCUGAAAACAAACGGCUGAGGAAACCCAGCAAAAGACUGCUGGAAUCCACAGAGGAGGAACAAUUCUUCUCCUCGAAGAAAAAAAUUAAGAAACCUCUGGAAUCUUCCAAAACCCCUCCGAGCCAUUCUUCAGCCCCAGCCCCGCUAAUGUACACCUCUACACCCAGCCCCACCCCUCUCCCUACCUCUGGGGAGCCAGCCAGCCCCACCCCUGGCCCUACCUCUGGGGAGCCAGCCAGCCCUACCUCUGGGGAGCCAGCCAGCCCCAUCCCUGGCCCUGCCUCUGGGGAGCCAGCCAGCCCCACCCCUGGCCCUACCUCUGGGGAGCCAGCCAGCCCCACCCCUGGCCCUGCCUCUGGGGAGCCAGCCAGCCCCACCCCUGGCCCUACCUCUGGGGAGCCAGCCAGCCCCACCACUGGCCCUACCUCUGGGGAGCCAGCCAAAACCCAGGCCCUAGCAGGGCUGAAACAGAGUCUGUCUCAAGAUGUCCUCCACCAUGUUAUAGAAUCAUUAUCCAAACAACCCCCAGCAGUGACCUCUUUCUCUACUGACUCAUCAUCCGAUGGGGCAAACCCUCCUCUGCCCUCUGACCCAGUAUCCCUGGAGAGGAAGAGGCCAAGGAAGCCGUCUCACAAGGUCCUGGAAUGCACCAUAGAGGAAGUGUCAGUCAGUCCUCCAAAGAAGAAGGAGUUUAAGAACCAGAGUGUACAGACAGAUGUGAAAACAGAAGUCAGGGACACUCAGGUUAAGUCUGUGAAGAAAGAAGUGCCUGUAUCCAGCGUGACAACUCCAGAGAGCAUGGUUUCUCUGCAGACAUCCUCCCCUGCCUGGCCCCCUAGCCCUACGGUGCUCCUCACCCCCAAGGAAGAGAUUGAGAAGAUCAGUCCUGGGGUGGGAGGAGAGAGCCACACCAACGGAGAGAGGACACCCAAACCUGAGGUGUUCUCUCCUGGUCUGAAUGACAGUUUCUCCCUACCUGGUGAAGGGUCCCUGGUCUCCAGCACUAAGAAGAACACAGGAGAGAAAGGAGGAGCUGCGUCCAUGAAGGAGAAUGUCUGUCAGGUGUGUGAGAGGACAGGUGAGCUGCUGCUGUGUGAGGGCCAGUGCUGUGGGGCGUUCCACCUGCAGUGUAUCGGCCUAUCAGAAGCCCCUAGAGGGAAGUUCAUCUGUUGUGAAUGCACUAAAGGGAUCCACACGUGCUUUGUGUG